AUGAAAUUGCUUGUGUUACUCUUUAUAACAAAAAUGUUUUUGUGUAAAAUUAACAAUUAUAUCAGAACAGAAUACGCUUAUAUAAUACCUUUUCCGAAAAAGAAUAAAUUAUAUAAGCAUAAAAUAAACUUUAACGUGAAAAUUUUUGCAAAUAUUAGAAAGAGCGCAUCGAAUAGACACAUCAAUUUUUUGAAAUGCCUAUCUUUCCCUAGAAAAAGCAUGGAUGAUGUGACAGAAGAAGCAGAAGUUAAGGAGGAAUCCAAAGUAAAGGAAGAAGACAAAGAAACAUCUAAGAGAAAAAUAACAAGUGAUGGAAACACAAAGAUAAAAAAGGCUAAAGGAAAGAGUGAAAAUGAUAUAAAAAAAGGUUCAUUGUUUAACUGUGUCGUUAGGGAAGAGGAUAAAAUAAGCGAUCUGGCAUCACCCAAAUUUAACCCUGCUUAUUUUGAUGUCACUAAUUUAUACUUAUCACAAAAGGAUAAAGAAAAACACAAGUUUAAAGAUUCUUUACUAUUUUCUAUUCUUACCAAUACAUUUAACCAAAUAGAAGAAUUAAAAGGUAGUGGAACAGGUAGCAAGAAGAAUGUAGCAAUUAUCUUGUCCAAUGUGUUUAGGGUUCUAAUUUAUUAUAGUCCGAAUGACUUAAUUCCAGCUGUAUAUAUAACGUUAAAUAAAGUAGCACCCGAUUAUUUAAAUGUAGAAGCAGGAGUAGGUGAAGCAUUGAUUUUGAAAACCAUGUCGGAGGCAUAUAGUAGAACUGAAGGAAGUAUAAAAAAGGAUUUACAACAAAUUGAAGAUUUAGGAAUAAUAGCAGAAAAUUGUUCUUGUAAAAUGAGGACUAUUUUCCCACUACCUCGUUUGACUAUCCAAUCAGUGUUUAAUGAAUUAAAAAGCAUACCAAAUCUCAGUGGUUCUAACUCUCAACAGAAAAAAAGAGAAGUAAUUAAAAAACUAUUAAUUAGUGCUAAAACAGGUGAAGCGAAAUACAUUGUUCGGUUUUUACAACAACGAUUAAGAAUAGGAGUAAAUAGUGCUACAGUGUUACAGGCACUAUCAUAUGCAUUUAUUCUAACACGUCCAUGUAUUCCUGAAGAAAUUGUUAUAAAGGGGAAAGCAAUGAACGAAGAAUUACUAAGGGAGAAAACUAACUAUAGAGAUGAUAAUGACAAUGCUAGUAAUAGCACAGUUGAGGAUGAUAAGAAUAAGAUGAAUGAAGAACAAGGUAAGGAAAUAAAAAUGGAAAAGCUGAAUGAGGAAGAAUUGAACAAUAUAAAGAAAGAAAGGGAAACGGAAAAUGAAGAUGAUAAAUUCAACGAAUUAAUAAAAUCUAUUAAAAUAAGAAAUGAGAAAAUAAGUAAGCCCAAUUUAUUUUAUAACAUAGGAAAGGAAGGAGAUACUCGUUUAUUGCCCAUAUUUAAGGAGUUAAAAAAAAGUUACUGUGAAAUGAACAAUGAUUCUGAUAUUUUUGAAUGUAUGGAAAAAUCUGUGAAGAGUGCUUUGUGUGAAUUGCCUAACAUUGAAAUUAUAAUUCAGAAUUUGUUAAAUGGUGAUGAUAUGAAUACGUUAAGCAAAAAAUGCACAGUGAAAACUGGAGUACCUGUACAACCUAUGUUAGCCAAACCAACAAAAGGAAUACAGGAAGUCCUAGAUAGAUUUAAUAAUGCGACAUUUACAUGUGAAUAUAAAUAUGAUGGAGAAAGAGCACAAAUUCAUUAUGUAGAUAAGGACAAUAUAAAAAUAUUUAGUAGAAAUUUAGAAACUAUGACAGAAAAAUACCCAGAUGUUAUUCAAAUAGUACGGGAUCAAAUUAUUAGUGGUGCUACUGAAUGUAUUAUUGAUAGUGAAGUAGUAGCAUACGAUAUAGAGAAUAAAAAGAUAUUACCAUUUCAGGUGCUAACAACGAGAAAAAGAAAAGAUGUAGAUAUUGAAAAUAUAAAAGUAAAAAUAUGUCUUUUCCCUUUUGAUUUAAUAUGUUGUAAUGGUGUAUCGGUGAUAAAAGAACCAUUGGAGAUUAGGAGAAAACUUUUAUACCAUUUAUUAAAAUGUAAAGAAGGAGUAUUAUGUUAUGCAACUCAUUCCGAAAUGAAUAAUAUUGAGGAUAUUGAUAUAUUUUUACAAGAUGCGAUUGAGAAUAAUUGUGAGGGUUUAAUGGUUAAAACUUUGUUGGAUAAUGCUUCUUAUGAACCAUCUAGGAGAUCAUUAAACUGGUUAAAGGUUAAAAAGGAUUAUAUAGAAGGGUUAUCCGAUUCAGUAGAUUUAGUGCCUAUAGCUGGCUAUUAUGGAAAAGGAAAAAGAAGUGGUGUUUAUGGUGCCUUUGUUUUAGCUACUUACAAUUCAGAAACUGAAAAUUUUCAAACAGUUUGUAAAGCUGGUACAGGCUUUAGCGAUGAAAUUCUUGCUACAUUACAUGAAACAUUGAGUGAUAAAAUAAUACCAAAUAAAAAAUCAUAUUAUGAAGUUUCUGACAAGUUAAAUCCAGAUGUAUGGUUUGAUGCUCAUUAUGUCUGGGAGGUAAAAGCAGCUGACUUGUCUCUAUCUCCUGUUCAUACUGCAGCUAUUGGAAUUUAUUCUGAUGACAAGGGAAUUGGUUUACGAUUUCCCAGAUUUCUAAGACUGAGGGAGGAUAAAAAUCCUGAGCAGGCCACUACAACUCAGCAAAUUGUUGAUUUUUACGAGGCACAAUUUACGUCAAAUAAGAAUAGAAAUAACGACUUUAAUGAGAACAGUGAAAGUGAAUGA